CUCUGAUUAAAUCCUAACCUAAGCCACAUACAAUAUGUUACUCCAUAGACGUUUCCACUUGUGCGAGAAAUAGUAUUUAAAAAUAUGAAGUUAUUUUCGUACAUUUUAUUCGUAAUUUUUAUUGUUGGAAGUGAGACGAAGAAAUUCACAAGAUGCAGACUGGCUACCGAAUUAAUAAAAACGAAAUUAAUCGAAAAGACGUUUUUGGGUAAUUGGGUUUGCCUCAUAGAAAAAGUAAGCAACCGUGAUACAAAAGCCUUCGUUGUGACUCCCAGUGGAAAGAAAUUUUAUGGACUGUAUCAGAUACCGAGCAGAUGGUGCAGAGAGGGUAAAAAAGGAGGGGACUGUAACAUAGCAUGUGAAUCGCUACUCGACGACGACAUCAGAGACGAUACAGCCUGCGCUGUCAAUAUAUUUCACGAGGAAGGCUUUAAGUAUUGGACGCAAUGGACUAACAGAUGCAAGAAUGAUAAUCAUAUAACUACUGAAAUUUACAAAUGUCCUGAUCUUAUGUCACGAAGGAGAAACCCAGAUAGCCCACUUCAGAGUGAAAAUUUGAGGGUUAAAAGAAAAGUUUCCAGAGUUGGCAUGGAACGUUCAAGGGCAUCCAGCUAUUACGGGCUCCAAUAGUUACCGUCAUAUUUGUUGUUUUUUUUUACCUAUUUACAUUAACUGUUUUUGGUGAUUGAAAUUUUUGAAGUUUUAUUAUUGUCACCCUCUCCAGAUGUAUGAUUAAUGUUAUACUUUUUUCAAUACAUACAUAUAUUAUUGACAUUGAAAUGCUUAAGUAAAUUAACUCUAAAAUUUAGAAUUAAAAUAUUAUUGCGAGUUACGAACAAUGAAAACCGACCUAAAAUAUUUUAAUUGAAUUAAUUUCCAUGCCAUUGAACAAAAGCUUUAUUUACAAGCAAAGGUCAUAUUCAAUUUUGUUGAACAAUCCAGUUAAUUAAUGAAUUCAAGGUUUUAUUUGGAAUAUAUUUUUAAUAUUAAUAGUCAAAACGAAUCGAAAGGUUCUUGGUUCUAGGGUUUUGUGCAAGUCCGUUAUGGUGGAUACCACCACAUAUUCUACUGCCAAACAGCUACACUUAAUAUUGUUUUGUUCCAAUUUGAAGGUUGUUUAAGCAAGUGUUACUUCAGGCACAAGGAUAUAAUAUCUAGCAUAUUGACGAUGUAAGGGAUUGUUACUAUUUCUCUCUUAUCUCACUUAUCAUUUGCCAGUCUGCCUACCUAUUUUAAAUAAGUCUUCAACCUUGCCUUACUGGCGCUCUCAGCUGAGUUUACAUUUUUUAUAUUGUCAUUUUUCAAUUGUUUUGAGAUAUUAUUUCUCAUCCUUGCUGUGGAUACUAUUAUAAUGGCUGAAUUUGCUUUGAAAUUGAAACACUACAAGAUACAUUUUUAGCAUUAGCAGCCUGUUAAUUUUCCCACUGCUGGGCUAAAGGUCUCCUCUCCCUUUGAGGAGAAGGUUUGGAGCAUAUUCCACUACGCUGCUCCAAUGCGGGUUGGCGGAAUAUACAUGUGGCAGAAUUUCGUUGAAAUUAGACAACUAAAAUAUUAAUAUUGCGUAAUUUAAUGAACUGAGGUGUCCCAUUAAAUCUAAUGGCGUGGCUGGUUGUCAUGAAAACUACCGUUGUAGUAUGGCAAGAUUACAGAUUGAUACCACCUGUUGGUAAGUGAUGCCCAUAGACAUUGGCAUCGGUUUUGGACUACAGUGCUGUAGUCGAUUUUUUUGUAACAAAUACAUUUAUAAUGUAUACUGCAGCUAUAUGAGAUAAAAAUGCAUGAUAUUCAUAGUUUUCUUCUUAAUUCUUAAUUCCCGUAGUGCGAAAUAGAAUUUAGCAGAGCAAAAAAAAAAACUAAAAACGUAUAUAAAACUAUUUUCAUCAC